CGGCUGUCACUGCUGGCCCCGUCGUCGUCGUUGUGGUGUUUCGUCGCGGAGUGAAAUUUUCGCAUUCGGUUUGACCUCUUGAGAAAAUUCGAAUUUUCGUCGGGAAAAAGUGCUCGCGAGUGGCGGAAACCAGUGCUAAACUGUUCAGCCGGAAGCGGAACAAUGGCGGCACCGAUCGAGAUCCCGCUCCGGGACACGGACGAGGUCAUCGAGCUCGAUCCGGAACAGUUGCCGGAGGGAGAGGAAGUGCUGGGGAUUUUGCGGCAGGAACGGUCCCAACUCAACACUUGGGUGACAGUUGCGCUUGCUUACUACAAGCAAAACAAGACAGAUGACUUCAUCAAGAUCCUGGAAGCGUCCCGCAUCGACGCAAACAUCUCGUACCGGGACUUCGAGAAGGACCAGAUGCGGGCGUACGACAUGUUGGCCGCCUACUACGUCCAGGAAGCAAACCGGGAAAAGUCCAAGGAUAAGAAAAGAGAGUUGUUCAUGAAGGCAACCCAUUUGUACACGACGGCCGAUAAGAUUAUCAUGUACGAUCAGAACCAUCUGCUGGGCCGCGCGUACUUUUGCCUCCUGGAAGGAGACAAGAUGGAACAAGCUGAUGCGCAGUUCAAUUUCGUACUGAAUCAAUCGCCGUCGAACAUUCCUUCGUUGUUGGGUAAGGCUUGCAUUGCUUUUAACAAGAAAGAUUACCGCGGAGCUUUAGCUUUCUACAAGAAGGCUCUCCGAACGAAUCCAAACUGUCCGGCGGCGGUGCGUCUGGGAAUGGGUCAUUGCUUCCUGAAAUUGAACAACCAAGAGAAGGCCAAGCUAGCCUUCCAACGCGCUCUAGAUUUGGACCCGCUGUGCGUAGGGGCCCUCGUUGGAUUGGCCAUUCUCAAGCUGAAUCUGCACGAACCGGAAUCGAACCGGCUCGGCGUACAAAUGCUUUCCAAGGCGUACACAAUCGAUUCCACCAAUCCGAUGGUCCUGAACCAUCUGGCCAAUCAUUUCUUCUUCAAGAAGGACUACCAAAAAGUACAGCAUCUGGCCCUGCAUGCGUUCCACAACACGGAAAACGAAGCGAUGCGAGCGGAAAGUUGCUACCAGCUGGCACGUGCCUUCCACGUGCAGCGGGAUUACGACCAGGCGUUCCAGUACUACUACCAAUCGACGCAGUUUGCGCCGGCCAACUUUGUGCUUCCGCAUUUCGGACUCGGACAGAUGUACAUCUACAGAGGGGACUCGGAAAAUGCUGCCCAAUGUUUCGAAAAAGUGUUGAAAGCCCAACCCGGCAACUACGAAACGAUGAAGAUUCUCGGCUCUUUGUAUGCCAGUUCAUCGUCCCAAUCGAAGCGUGACAUUGCCAAGAAUCACUUGAAGAAGGUCACCGAGCAGUUCCCGGACGAUGUCGAAGCGUGGAUCGAGUUGGCACAGAUCUUGGAACAGAACGACCUGCAAGGUUCCCUUCAAGCUUACGCAACAGCUACGAACAUUCUGACGGACAAAGUCAAGGCCGAUAUUCCGCCGGAGAUCCUGAACAACGUAGCCGCGCUCCAUUACCGACUGGGUAAUUUGAACGAAGCUAUGACCAAGCUGGAGAUGGCAAUCGAGCGUGCGAAAAUCGAAGCCCAGCAUGACUCGCAGUACUACGAUUCGAUUUCCGUCACGAUGACCUACAAUCUGGCCCGCUUGAAUGAGGCCAUGGCUUCGUUCGACAAGGCGGACAAGCUCUACAAGGACAUCCUGAAGGAGCAUCCGAAUUACAUCGAUUGCUAUCUGCGUCUGGGCUGCAUGGCCCGUGACAAGGGUUUGAUCUUCGUGGCUUCCGAUUUCUUCAAGGAUGCGCUGAAAAUCAACAUGGAGAACCCGGACACACGUUCGCUGCUGGGUAAUUUGCAUUUAGCCAAGAUGCAGUGGACCCUUGGUCAGAAGAACUUUGAGACGAUUCUGAAGAACCCGGCCACUUCUAGUGAUGCGUACUCGCUGAUUGCCCUGGGUAACUUUUGGCUGCAGAGCUUGCAUCAGCCCAGUAAGGACAAGGAAAAGGAGAAGAAGCACCAGGAAAAGGCACUGGCUAUCUACAAGCAGGUGCUGAGGAACGAUCCGAAGAAUAUCUGGGCAGCUAACGGGAUCGGAGCGGUGCUGGCGCAUAAGGGUUGCAUCAUCGAGGCGCGGGACAUUUUCGCUCAGGUCCGCGAAGCGACAGCCGAUUUUUGCGACGUGUGGCUCAACAUUGCCCAUAUCUACGUCGAGCAGAGACAGUACAUCAGCGCUAUCCAGAUGUACGAGAACUGUCUGAAGAAGUUCUACAAACACAACAACGUGGACGUCAUGCAGUAUCUGGCUCGGGCAUACUUCCGUGCUGGCAAGCUAAAGGAAGCCAAAAUGACGCUGCUCAAGGCUCGUCGCGUCGCCCCCCAGGAUACGGUUCUGCUGUUCAACAUUGCCCUCGUACUCCAGCGGCUGGCCAUGAUGGUUCUCAAGGAUGAGAAGUCGGUGCUGAGUGUGGUCCUGCAAGCGGUCCACGAACUGGGUCUUGCUCACAAGUACUUCAACUAUCUGUCGAUCCACGGGGACAAAACGCGGUACAAUAUCACGUUGGCCGCUUCGGAAGCCAGCCAGUGUCAGGAUUUGCUCCAGCAGGCCCAGUAUCACGUGUCGCGUGCCCGAAAGAUCGAUGAAGAAGAACGAUCGCUCCGUCAGAAGCAGGAACAGGAACGCGAGGAGUUCAAGCGUCGCCAGCGGGAAGAACGUGUCCGAAUGGAAGAGAUGCGUCGCAAGGCUCACGAGGAGAUGAUGGCCAGACGAAAUGAAUACAAAGAGAAGACCAAGAAUGCGUUGUUCUUUGUCGAAAGUGGACCGGAUCCUACGAAGAAAAGAGCCGGCCGUGGCCGAAAGGAUUACAUUUCCGAUUCGGAUGCCUCUGGGCCACCUGGAAGCGGCGGAGAGGAUCGCCCACCGAAGGAACGGAAACGCAAGGAACCGGGCGAGAAGAAGAAACGAAAGCCAGGAGGCGGGCGUAAGAAGAAGGAGAAAGCUCCCAAGGGAUCCGGAUCCGAUAGCGAAGAGGAAGCACCGAAGAAGCGUGGCCGCAAGAAGGGUUCCCUUGGUGCCAAGAAGCAGAAGCAAAUGGAAGAUGGUCUGUCAUCCAAACAGAAGUCCAGGAUUGUUUCGAAGGCUACGGUAUCAACAAGUGAAUCGGACAGUGACCGAAGCCGUCUUAAAAUUGCCAGUGGUGACGAUUCCGGUUCCGGUAACAGUGCACCGGCUAGCAAGCGCAAGCGCAGAAUCGCUUCGGGAUCGGAAAGUGGCUCCGAUAGAUCCCGGUCGCGGUCCCGGUCGAAAUCCGGAAGCCGCAGCCGCAGUGCUUCCCGUUCGGUAUCACGUUCCAAGAGCCGUUCGCGUUCUCGGUCCAAAUCCGGAAGCCGUUCCCGUUCGGGUUCAAGAUCACGCUCCGGUAGUCGUUCCCCAUCCCGUUCGAGGUCUCGUUCCGGCUCGGGCAGCCCUCAGGCUUCGCCUAUAUCGAGGAAAUCCGUUUCCGGGUCAGGGUCCGAUUAAGGUCCGGCUUGUUGCGAGCGUGUGUUUUCAUAGAUCAGUAGGUAUAGUAUUUUAAUGGACUUUGUCUUAGAAUAGAAGGAUACUAUUUGUAGCUUUAAGACUAAACCUUGUCUUCUUCAUUCAACACUAACCGAAAUUAAUUAUACAUAUUGGAAUACAUAGCGAUUUAAAAUAUUCAGCUGCAAAUAAAAGAAGAUAACUCCCAAGUGGUUGACCUGACCGGUGGAAAUGAGGAAUGUUUAUGUUUAUUACAAGUGAAACUAUACUAAUGUUUCCACUGUAUGAGUUUCUUGAUAUUGCUAAAUAAAAUUUGACCCUAGAAA